AUGAUGGGGUUCCUGGCCAAGACGCCGGCAGUUCUGUCGCUCAAUGGGCAUCCGCAAGUGACACUACGGAUCGCCAAAGACGGUACCGUCAACGAGACGCAGCACAGCGACCCGCCGACGUCCGUGGGCGCGCCGACGCUCGAGCUCAUGAAGCUGCUGGGCGCGUUCGUGCGCCUGCGCAUCUCGGACGGCCGCGUCAUUGUCGGCCGCUUCCACUGCUUUGACAAGCACCAGAACGUCGUGCUCAAGGACGCGCGCGAGUUUGCGCCGACAGCGCGCGCGGGGAGGGGAAAAACGGGGAAGCAGAAGGCCGCGCGGUCUGCAGAAGCCGAAGCGCGCGAUCAGGAGGAAGAGAUGCGCUUUCGUGGGGCAGUGCUGCCGUCGAACAGCCGCUCGCUCGGCAUGACGCUCGUGCCGGGCAAACACGUGGUCUACAUGAAGGUGCACCACUAG